AUGGGUGUUUCGGAUGGGCUGGGCGGAGGCACGGUGCAGAAUCCAGAAUCAAGUCAAGACGUGCUCAAUGACAUGGACCGGAGGGCCUACUGGGCGCAUCCUAUCAUAGACGGGGAAUUAUCUAUCAUCGAGACUUAUCAUAGAUUUUAUGUGUAUUUUCAAUCGAAAAGCAAACCGCGCGGUUUUCACUCUUUGGGGGGCGGCGCAUCUGAGCAACUCGAUUUCGUGACCAGGGUAGUAAACUGGCUAGCUACAGUAGGCCUCGUUGAACCGGCUUUAAUGCGUGGUGCUGACCAGGAAGAUGAAUACCCUUGGUUGGCCAAAUACACCGUCAUGAAACGUGCAACAUCGCCCGAUCUAUGCGACUCUCAGUGUGAUGGUGAGGAGCGGCCGUCCAAAGUUCCCCGGCGAGGUAGCUUGAGCACGAAUCCAGAAACUUUGCAGAGGAAGCACGACCGUAGGAAAUCAUCACAGCCGCUUUCUCCCUCCUCGCCAGAUCACACUAGAAAAAAAUCCAAUCCUCCUGAACACCGAACUACGACGCCAAUCUCGCUCACGCAUACUCCCACCCCGCUUGAUGACCAGAUAUACCACUGGAUACCUGCGCCAUCAGCAGCCGGUACCGUUGAAGCGAUGAGCGAACCGGCAUCCAAACUAUCCCGAUCGCGUUCGAUCUCUACCGACCGGGGGCGCGCUCGGCCUGUCUCCUCAGAAAAUAGCGAAAGCAGCUCGGCUCGUGACACUCGAUCAUACGCCUACCGAGCUGUGAACUAUGUGACCAUACUGGAGACCAAGGGUUGCUUCAUGCAGCCGUCCCCGGCUGGCCCGAUGCCCGACGACAUCGCGCUCUGUGAGCGUCUCCUUCAUCAGCCGAUCGCCACUCCCCAGGGCACCCUAUUCGAUGACGAGUAUGUUGACAGAUUCCAUUACGCGCUGCGGAACCGGUCUGAAGCGCGUCUCCUGGUAGACCUGCAUCCCCUGAUCAUGCCGUCCGCGGAAAAUCAGUUCAUCAGGGGCACGCAGGGCCUGAGAGACGUCAUAGAUGGAUACAAUGAUCCAUGGCUGAAGACUGAGCCGAUCUAUGGUCCAAAGCCGCAGCCUGACCAUGCACGUGGAUUGAAGUGGUCAGUGUUCACUGAGAGCCAACGGCGCAAGCUCGGCAUCAGACCCGACGAAAAAUCGCCGUAUACAGCGCGCGAGGACAUGUACUUUCCUUACCUGACCGCUGAAAUCAAGUGUGGAAACCAAGCGCUAGAGCUCGCGGACCGGCAAAACAUGCACAGCAUGUGCAUCGCGCUGCGAGCCGUGGUCUCGCUGUGCCAAGCGGCUGGGUGCACAGAAGAGGAAGAUAAAGUCUCAUUCUACCGGUGGCCAAUUGCGCAACCCAACGUCUGGACUCCAGAGGACCGAUGGACAUGCUAUCGAUUCGUGGAAAAUGUGGACCGUGAGUUCCUGCGCAUUCAUACCGAUCGAUUGAUGCGCGUCCUUGGCAGAGUGCCUGAUCCAGAAGACGAUACCUUAGGACUCGACGUUGAUGAAGUCGAGUCACAGCUGUCCAUCAUUGGAUCGCAGGAACGCCCAGGAUAUCGUAGAGCCGCAUCCUCGCAAAGCCGCGGACUGCAACCAGAGCUGCGAAUGAUGGUUCAGACACUGAAGCAACAGCUGGCAGAGCAGAAGACAAAGGAGGAGAAACGGGAAGCAGAGCAGAAGAUGCGGGAGGCAGAGCAGAAGACACGGGAAGAGAGACUCCUUGCCCAGCUUGAAGAACAAAAUAUACGACAAAGGCAACUAGAAAAGGAUCAGAAGGAACGAGAAGAGAAACGGGAGGUAGAGCAGAAGACAAAGGAGGAGAAACGGGAAGCAGAGCAGAAGAUGCGGGAGGCAGAGCAGAAGGCGCGCGAAGAGAAACUCCAUGCUCAAUUGGAAGAGCAAUUUGCUCGUGAGGAGCAACGAGAAACAGAUCAGAAGGAACGAGAAAAGAAAUGGGAAGCAGAGCAGAAGGUGCGGGAAGAAAAACUUCUUGCUCAGCUGGAACUACAAGGGAGACUUCUCGCACGCUUAGAGAAAGAGGACUUCAAAUGA